CAGCAGUAGAGUAAGGGGCCAGUGCGCGUGCGCGGGUUUCCCAUUGAGUCGCCGGCGGAGAGAAAGGCGAAGGGAAGGAAGCAGGGGAAGAGAGGAGACCCACCUGCCAUGUGCCGCCCGGCGCUUUCCAGGCUGCUCCUCUUCCAGCUGCUGCUCCUCAAGCUCCACGUUGGAAAAGGGUCCGCCAAGGAGUGUGAAGAGGACCAGUUCCAGUGUCGGAACGAGCGGUGCAUCCCUUCCAUUUGGAAAUGCGAUGAGGAUGAUGAUUGCUCAGACAACAGCGACGAGACGGAUUGCCCCAAGAAGACCUGUGCAGAAACUGAUUUUACCUGCAACAAUGGUCACUGCAUUCCAUCUAGGUGGAAGUGUGAUGGAGAAGAGGAAUGCCCAGAUGGGUCUGAUGAAUCUGAAGCAACAUGCACCAAACAAGUAUGUCUAGCUGAAAAAAUCAGCUGUGGAGACUCCAGCAACAAAUGUAUUCCUUCCUCAUGGAGAUGUGAUGGAGAAAAAGACUGUGAAAGUGGAGUUGACGAGGCUGGCUGCACUAAUAUCUGUUCGUCUAGUGAGUUCCAGUGCAGCAACAAGACCUGUGUAGCCACCAUCUUUGUCUGUGAUGGGGAUGAUGACUGUGGUGAUGGAAGUGAUGAGAGAAAAUGCCCUCCUCUCACAUGCAACCCCAACGAGUUCCAGUGCAAUAACAGCCAAUGCAUCCCACAGAUCUGGGUCUGUGACAACCAGCCUGAUUGUGAAGACCACUCAGAUGAGCUGAUGGAGAAGUGUGGCCACAAAUUCAAGCCUCCAAUCAUGAGCACCUGUGCAGCUCAUGAGUUCCGGUGUGGCAAUGGUGAAUGCAUCCACCUGAACUGGAAAUGCGAUGGAGAUGAGGACUGCAAAGACAAGUCAGAUGAGCAAGAAUGUCCCCUGGUGACCUGCAGCCCUGAUGAAUUCCAGUGUGGCGAUGGGACCUGUAUCCAUGGAGCUAAACAAUGCAACAAAGUGCAUGACUGUCCAGACAACAGUGAUGAAGCUGGCUGUGUUAAUGAAGCGGCGUGCGAGAGUCCCAACAAGUUUCAGUGUAAGAGUGGAGAGUGCAUAGAGGAAGUCAAGGUGUGCGAUUCACACAGGGACUGCAGGGACUGGUCUGAUGAGCCUCUAAAAGCAUGUGGUGUGAACGAGUGUGCUCUCAAUAAUGGUGGUUGCUCCCAUAUCUGCAGAGAUCUGAAGAUUGGCUACACAUGUGAAUGUCCUCCUGGAUACAAGCUCCUGGACAAGAAAACAUGUGGAGACAUAGAUGAAUGUGAGAAUCCUGAUGCUUGUAGCCAGAUCUGCAUUAACUACAAGGGAGAUUAUAAAUGUGAAUGCUAUGAAGGCUAUGAGAUGGAUACCCUGUCGAAAAACUGCAAAGCUGUAGGAAAGAGCCCAUAUCUGAUUUUCACAAACCGUCAUGAAGUGCGCAAGAUUGACUUGGUGAAAAGGGACUACUCCCGCAUCAUCCCCAUGCUGAAGAAUGUGGUUGCUUUGGAUGUGGAGGUGGCAACAAACAGAAUCUAUUGGUGUGAUUUAUUCUACAGGAAGAUAUACAGUGCCUACAUAGACAAAGCCAGCGACACAUCAGAACAGAUGGUUCUAGUAGAUAGCCAGUUGAACUCUCCUGAAGGCUUGGCAAUGGAUUGGGUUCACAAGAACAUCUACUGGACAGAUUCAGGAAACAAGACCAUAUCUGUAGCCACAGCUGAUGGGAGUAAGAGAAGGACACUUUUCAGUACUAAUUUAAGCGAGCCCAGAGCCAUUGCUGUGGAUCCAACACGGGGGUUCAUGUAUUGGUCUGACUGGGGAGACAUAGCAAAAAUUGAAAAAUCUGGGUUGAAUGGUGUGGAUCGGCAAGUGCUUGUUACAGACAACAUUGAAUGGCCCAAUGGCAUCACACUGGAUCUGUUGAAUCAACGUCUCUACUGGGUAGAUUCCAAGCUGCACUUGCUUUCAAGUGUAGAUUUCAAUGGCAGCAACAGGAAAGUUCUCAUAUCUUCUGUGGAUGACCUGAGCCACCCGUUUGGAAUAGCAGUGUUUGAGGACAGGGUGUUCUGGACUGACUUAGAGAAUGAAGCCAUUUUCAGUGCCAAUAGGCUGAGUGGUCUGGAUAUCUCCAUUUUAGCUGAGAACCUCAACAACCCACAUGAUAUUGUAGUCUUUCAUGAGCUGAAGCAACCUAAAGCUCCAAAUGUUUGUGAUCUUAGUUCCCUGCCAAACGGAGGCUGUGAAUACCUUUGUCUUCCUGCACCCCAAAUUUCUCCACAUUCUGCGAAGUAUACAUGUGCUUGUCCUGACAACAUGUGGUUGGGGCUUGACAUGAAAACAUGCUCUCAAGAGCUUCCAGCUACCUCAACUAGUGUGCCUACUACUACUACUACUUCUUCUACUACAACUUACUUGCCCAACUUUACUGAUGUUAGUACUGCUCUUAUAAUGACAACAACUACCACCAUUGUUACAACUAAUAAUACCAGCAACAUUAGUACAGAAGGCCAAGAAACCACAUCGCAUGUCUUCCUUGGUACUACAAGCCUUCGUUCACACACAACCACAUCCAGCUUAGCAGAAUCCAAGAUAACGACAACAGGAAACAGCGGUCUCUCCCAGCACUAUGCUAACAAUGGACAAAGUUUUGGAUCAACUGUGAUGGCAGCCAUUAUUGGAAUUAUUGUUCCUGUUGUGGUAAUUGGUUUGUUAUGUAUGGGAGGGUACCUAAUCUGGAGAAAUUGGAAACGGAAAAACACGAAAAGCAUGAACUUUGAUAAUCCUGUGUACAGGAAGACAACUGAAGAGGAAGAUGAAGAUGAAAUCCAUAUUGGAAGAACAACACAGAUUGGACAUGUGUAUCCAGCACGUGUAGCACUAAGUCUAGAAGAUGAUGGGUUGCCCUGAGAAGAUCACACCUGCUCCAGCCCUACAGCUGGUGGACUGAUAGAUAUGCACUGAACACAUCUGCUGUGGAUCAUGGAAUCCACCUUCUUUUACCCCCUUUCCCCUGCCACUUUAAUUAUUAUUUAUGUUGCAGAAAGGUAACCACAAAGUUGUAAUGAACUGCAAACAUCCAAAGGAUGUGAGAGUUUUGUAUGUAUAAUCUUUUAUACACCUUUUUAACUUCUUGCACUAUUCAUCUAUAAUAGUGAGAAGGCUGCUCUACUGCUGAGCUACUAACUUGGUGUAUACAACCAGCCAGACCGAAGGGUCAGUAGCUUACAUGUCAUUUUUUAAAACUAUAUUUAUAGAAGUUUUGUAAAUAUAUCAAACAUACUUUGUGGCUAUCCAUCAACAUAAAAAAGAGGUCUAUUCAAGCUGUUUAGGAUAUUUAUUAACAAACUCUGGAUAUAAGAUUUAUUCUGUAAAUAUACUUAGAAAAUGAAAGUAUUUAUUUUUUUGUACGUUCGGCUCGCUGUGCAUAGAUUAUCUGUGUCUAUGCCUAUCAAAGGUAGAUAGGUAUAUAGACAUUUCCUUAUAUAAAUAUAUAUAAAUAUAUAUAUAAUAAAUCUAUAUAUACAUAAAUAAAAGAAUAUAUUUUAGAAAGACUAACCCAGCAGUAUGGGAAGUAGGGUAACAGAAUUCUUAUGGAACAUUUUGUGGAAAAUUUGCUUUGACAUUUCAAGCCACUAAGUAAGCAUUGCAGCUGUUAUAAUAGGAUAGUUGAUGAAGAACAAAGUGCUCCCAUGACGAACAAACCAAAUUUUGUCCAGACUAAUGAACCAGUUUAGACUGUUGCACAGAACUGCCUCACUCCAGCAAAACCUUGCAAACAUACGGCAUGUUCAUUAAUCGCACCGACCCUCCCGCAAGAGAUUUCCUGAAGACAGAGCUUGAAAAGGUUAAAAAAAAAAAUGGACUUAAGUUUCUGGCUGGGGGAUUCUGAGUUGUAAUUCAGGAAAGUAACUUUUUAAAGACCUUCAGAAAGGAUUGCAUAGAUGGACAUGCUCUCUCUCCUAAAGUGCCCACUGGAUAAAGAGCAAUGCCUGCAGUUCUCAAUCACUAAACUGGCACAUUUGCAAGCUUCUUAGCAAAUUUACAAGAUGUCCAUCCCAUCAAGCUCAGUGAGAUGUACUUCAUACUAAGCAUUUUUUUUUUGGGCAAUUACUUGUUAGUUUUACUGGAACUUUUCAGCUUAAAGAAUCUGUGACAAGGACUGUUCUUUUCUUACUCAAAAAGAGGUGUUUACAAAUGGCAGCUUGUUUUCUCCAAGAGCAUGUCAAUAACUAAAGACUGUUCUCGCACUGAUAGUAGCUGUAACAAACAAUCUUAAAUGUGCAUAUUUAGAAUUAAGUCCCACUGGGUCAGUGGAACGUAUUGACAAGUAAAUGUGAAUUGGGUUGUAAAAACAAUAAUUGUGGAGUGCAGGAUAUUAGUAGUAAUCUUGGUUAAUAUGUACAUUUUGUUCUUUAGCCAUACAUAGAUCAAGUCAGGUGGUAUCUGUAUCACACCUAAUCUCAUCUGUUACUUAGACAAAAGCCACUGUUCUGCUAACAUGCAUUAGUGGUUGAUUCAAAUAUAGCCAUUUGAUGGCUUUUAUACUGGCCUGGAGGUGGGCAACUUCCAGGGGCUGGAAGUCCAUACCAGCCUCCUAGAACCCUCAAGAACUCCCUCCCCCUUUAUUUGGCCUAAAAAUGACCAACUGUCCUUCCAGGAGCUUCCAGUGGUGUGAUUACUCAUUUUUGGAGAGUCAUAUUUCUAAUUUAGCCUUUUUAAAGCCCCCCCCCCCAACUUUAAAAUGGCCUAAAAUAGCUAAUGUUCCACUUAGAAACUUCCAAAGGUAUACUUUUAGGCCCGUUAAAAUUGGAAGGGGGCUGAGACUGCAUGCAAUCCAAGGUCUUCAGUUUACUUCACUCCACUGCUGACUGUACUAACUAGCUGCCUGCUAUUUAUUCAUUGGUGCUAAUAAUAUCAGAUCAUUACACAUCAUUACAUUCUUCUGGAUUAGCCUGUCAUGUAUUUUAAAUAUGUAUAAUUUAUGGAGAGGGGGUGUAUUUUUAUUUUAUUUUAUUUUAUUUGGUAUUAAAAGACAGUUUUAGCACCAGCCCGUUCAGUGUGGAAAGUAAAAGCAGUACUGGAGUUUCUUGCAGUGCCUGUGCUUUCAAUUAAGUGUUUCCUGUUUGCAGAUCCCCCUCUUUAUUACUUCUUGUGGUUUACAUCUGGCUGAGUGUUCCUUGAAUAACCUCUUUUAAUUACCCCAAAUGUUGGAUUCCCUUCCAUGGCACAGCUUUAAUUACAGUCUUCCACUUUUUAAAAGUGUGCAUAGUAAAAUACCAGCACUUCACUAUUGCAAGCAAACCAGUAAUUAAAAAAACUAUUAAACCAAUAUCUGACAAAGGAAAAACAAGAUUGUUUAAGAGGCAGUUCAUCACUAUUCCCCAGUUGCUACAGGAAGAAAUAAAACCAGCAGACCUUAAACAGGAAGCAUUGAAAAAAAUAUAUUUGCCCAACACAACUGAUGUUAAUAAACAUUAAAAAAUAAUAUGGGUCAUGAGGGAAGUAAUAUGUUACUAUAUUCAUGUUGAGCUAUAGCUAAGUAGGGCUAAAAAUUGCCCCUUCUAGUCCAAAAGCAAACUAAGUCAUCAACUUUAUGAUGCCCACACAGGCUUGGCUGACAAAUGACAAACUCACUUGUUUGCAUUUUGCUUAUGGUGACAACAUUCUUCUGCAACUUAUUUCUUCAACUACAGAAUGUUAAAGGAAAUGAAACUGAAAACUAUUGUACUCCAGAGAAUAUAUCUACUUCAUCACAUUCUUUAUUAUUUCAUUUUGAUUUGGUUUGUGUUACUGGGUCUGGUACUAUUUUUGGUAUAUUUCCCUACAUUUUCUAGGAGACUUGUCCUAGGAGAUUUGGGUGUUAGGAAGGCAUCCUCAACAUCCUCUCCAUACCAACAGCUUGAUGUGAAGGGAGGAGGAAAUAACUUUAACACAACAGCCCUGUGCCUGUCAUUUUCCUCAGGACUUACAUUUCACUAAGUUAAAUGAGUUAUAUAAUGAUGAGUUGCAUUUAAAUUGCAACCUAAAUUUUAUUUGUAAGAUUCUUUAGUAGUUUAGAUUCUUCAGGAGAAUAAAUGACCUUUUCUGUUUCUGGAGGAGAGAAACAACAACAAAAAUCCUACAGAGAUCUCUAUUAGCUUAUAGCAAUUUUUUUAAAAAAUACUUUUGAAAAUGAGGCAGGCUGGGACGCUGGCCUGAAUGAUGGUAAUAUUUGUACAAAUUUAAUUAUGCCUUUUUAACAAGGUACUAAUUUCAAUGUGAAAAGCCACUGAAAUGGAACAUUGCCCACAGAGAAUUAAUGUCAGGAUCCAAGCUAACAUAGCAGUUUCUCAUGCUGUUUUCAGUGGCAGAAUGCAUUAAAAUGUGCUAGUUAAGAUCUAUUUUCAUUCAUACACAUUGAGAACCCAUUUCUGGAGACUUGAUUCAUACCAUCAAUUUGUACGUCAGGACUGAACAGACUUCUCCAUAAUAUGUUUCAGUUAUAAUUGCUUGUUUAUAUGAAGGUGUAGGUAUUUGUAGGUCUUGGGAAUAUUACUUUUGCGGACUAUAAAUCUCAGAAUCCCACAUCUAGCCUGGUUGCAUUAAGUGUUGAAUUAAGAUUUCUGGGAAUUAUAGUCACUAGAAGGCCACAAACUUAUCCAAACUUCAGAUAUUUAUUGCACCUUCUCGUACAAUACUUUCCAGUUGUAUUACAGAUGUUUACCAGGAGCUCUGCAACUAAAACAUCAAUAAAGAUGAGUCUUCCCGCACCACUACCACUCCACUUCUUCGGUGUAUUCUACAUUAAACCUUUAAUUGAUAUGGGGACAGUGAUGAAGACCUAGAGAGUCCAUGUGGUCUAAAUGUUAUCUAAAAUACAUCCCCAGUGUCCCCUGCAAUACACAGGGUUCCUUAGCAGACACGUGGAUAUAAAAGGGUCCUUGAAGUCAGAAAGAAAACUAUUGAACAUAAAUGUAAGAGCAUAUCUUCUCAUGUUUGGGAAACUCUGGCUGUGGUUCAGUUUAAGUUAAGCACCUGUACAUCCCUUUGAUUUAAGUGGAAGACCUAAAGAAUGUCUCACAUUUAUUACCAUUAUCAACUCAUUAUCCGAGAAGCUCAGAGCAGUCCACAUGGCCUCCUCACUUUAUCCUCUCAACAACUUUGUUGGGUUAGGUGAGCUGAAAGAGUGAGCCACACAGCCAAGAAAGGAUCUGAAUCUUUUAAGGUCUCAAGAUUGCCUAGUUUUGACUAGAUCAUGCCACAUCUAGCCAUAUGCAUGUACUAGAAUACUCAACGCCAAACCUUUAACGGUUCUAUGGUCUGACUUUGCUCCAGCUCCAGUUCUGUGCAGUCUUAUUUAACAAAUCUUUGAGUGCAGAAAUCCCAGUAGAUUUCCUGAUACUGACCUUGUGUGCUGGCUAGUAGGCCUAGAACUAUAAAACCUAUUAAUAUAAGUCACUAGAAGCCCUGGACUGACUUGCAUUUGGGGGGGGGGGGAAUACUUACUAUUGUGUUAAUUUGGGCCUUGGAUUUGAACAGCUGCCUGCUUUUGUAUUUGAGUUGAAGGAAUCAAUUAUAAAACUGGAUUUUUUGAAUGAUAUCAGGUUGCACAGCUUAAUACGUGAAUGCAGAUUGUAAUGUCUUAAUGGGUGUUAUACAUAAUUAGGAAAGAGAAGAACUGAUAGAAACUGCUCACACUAAUAGUUAAAUGACACUCUGAAGCCCUUCUGGCUUUUUUCCCUUAACAGAUUAUUUUCUGGUAAAAAGAGAAGAAAAAUGUGGGAGUGCUACCAGUUGAAGGAAGAUGUGAUCCAGAUCCUCCCUUAAAUUCCAUGAAUGAGAUAGUGUGAUGACAUAAUUUAAAAAAAAAUAAUUUAUAAGUACUCGGCUCUGCUAGAUUGUGCUAGUAAUUUACUUGCAUCUAUACACUGCAGGUCACGAUCUUGCCACUUCAGACAAAAUACAUGUGGAACUGUAAGCUUCAAGUGCUAUACCUACAUGAGCAAUGAACCCAAACACACCCAUGUAAUGAUUUUACUGUAUCGGCAUCUACUGAAACCUCCCAAAAUAUGCAUGAAAUUAAGCUUGUAUUCUCUCCAACAGGAGCUGUGGUCUCAUGAUUUCAGGAGCUGCUUUUACAUGCAUGGCAUCUUGCACACAGCUUUGAUAGAUGCCUUUUUUCAUUGUAAACCAUUGGCAUUUCCUUCUGUGUUUUAAAAGCAGUUUAUUAACCAGACUAUUGAAAGAAGGGAGAGAGCACCUGCAUUCAAUAAAAGUGUUGGAUGCCCAUGUAACACUCAGUGCUCAGCUUCUUUAUCACAGCCAAGCAGCAAGUUCUUGUUGAUAAAUGAGAUGACGCUCCAGUUGGCUCCCUGAACUGUCUCCACUGAAAAAAUGGUUUGCUGUGAAAGCUGUGUUCAUGGUGAUGUAUCUGUAACAGUUCAUUCACUGGAAGUCAUCCCUUGGUGAGAAAUGAGGAUAACCUGUAGGUUUAGGCCAGUCCCACAUGUCUUAGUUAAAGGUACAAGGAUGUGGUAUAAUUUGUACUUUAGAAAUGAUAUAAUUCUAGCUGUUUGCAUCAAAUAUGUAUUGCAAAAUAGAGAUGGCUAAUUUAUUUCUGCUAGAUUUCAAAAUAGAAGCCCAUGAGUAAAUACAUACUUCUGAAGAAACCUGGGAGUAGGGAUUCAGUUUGGUCAUUAUUUCAGCUGCUCUGCUCAGAUAUUACAAGGUCGUGCACUAUGUGCAUGAAGAACAGAAUGGAAAGGAGAAGAUAAUUUGUUUGUAAUAACUGUAACUAACCUCAAUCUGUAAAUAGAUUUGAUGAAUCUACAGUUUUGAUACUUUUUUAAAAGCAGAUUCUUGUACAAAUACCAUGUGUAAAAAAAGCUGGGAUUUCCUCCCAUUGUAAAAUACUAUGGUGUAAUGUUUUCCUGCUUUCCACUUUCACAGAUUUGUAAUGUAAAUCAAUAACCUUCCUUUUUUAAAAAAAGAAAGAGAAAAUGGAUUAUUUUCAGUACAUAAUUGGGAACAUUAGACUCUUGUUUAACAUUGUAACCAUUUUGGACCUCUGUCUUGUCACUGAAGUUCCAUUAGGAUGCAUUCUUGCUUGGUGCCUUUUGUGUUUCUGUUUUUAUUCUGAACAAAAGGUCUAGGGAUAUGGGAUGGGGGAGGGCUGUGAUAAGAUUUGCUGUACUUACAUCAGUAGGGGAUACUGAAAACCAAAUGAAUACAUUUGUAAGACAGUGCACUGUUUCUAUAGAGAGAUUAAAUUUUUUAUUGGCAA